GGGUCAGAGGUCACCAGACGGCGAAGGAGCGGCUGCGCGUCGCAGAUCCCCAGUCCCGGGUAGAUGGCGCCGGCGGAGCGGUGUCCUGUUUGCCGCCAGACCUUCUUCUGCGGCCGCGGGCACGUCUACAGUCGCAAGCACCAGCGGCAGCUGAAGGUGGCUUUGGAGCGGCUUCUGCCUCAGGUGGAGGCCGCCCGCAAGGCCGUCCGCGCCGCUCAGGUGGAGCGUUACGUGCCCGAGCACGAGCGGUGCUGCUGGUGCCUGUGCUGCGGCUGUGAGGUGAGGAAACACCUGAGCCACGGAAACCUGACCGUGCUGCAUGGGGGGCUGCUGGAGCAUCUGGCCAGUCCAGAGCACAAGAAAGCAACCAACAGAUUCUGGUGGGAGAACAAGGCUGAGUUCCAGAUGAAAGAGAAGUUUUUGAUCUCCCCCCAGGAUUAUGCUCGAUUCAAGAAGUCCAUGGUGAAAAGUCUGGAUUCCUAUGAGGAAAAAGAGGAUGAAGUGAUUAAAGAGAUGGCAGCUCAGAUCCGUGAGGUGGAGCACAGCCGGCAGGAGGUGGUUCGGUCUGUCUUAGAGCCUCAGACAGUGCCAGACCCAGAAGAGGGCUCUUCGGCACCUGGAAGCUGGAAAGGGACAAAUAGCCAAGUAGCCUCCACCUCACAGCAGCCUUCAUAUGUGGACCUGCCACCAGCCCCAGAGCUUGACUGGAUGGAGACAGGACAACCCCUGACAUUCAUUGGCCAUCAGGACACACCAGGAAUUGGUAACAUCCACUCAGGUGCCACACCUCCCUGGAUGGUCCAAGAUGAGGACUAUAGCUCUGCGAACCAACAAAUAGGACCCUCCUAUGAAGAGUUUCUCAAAGAAAAGGAAAAACAGAAAUUGAAGAAACUCCCACCAGACAGAGUUGGGGCCAACUUUGAUCAUAACUCCAGUACCGGUGCAGGCUGGCUGCCCUCUUUUGGCCGGGUCUGGAAUAAUGGACGCCGCUGGCAAUCCAGGCAUCAAUUCAAAACUGAAGCCGCAGCAAGAAAAAAACAACAGUUACAUAAAAAAAAAAGUUAAUGGUUUCCUAAUACAUUUUCAAGCACCAUAAUACUCAAAGCCAAAUCAACAAGCCGAUACUUUGUAACUGCCUUUCUUAGGAAACAGACAUGCCCACUUAUUUGAUUUAAUAAAGUUUUAUUUUUCCAAAU